CCCGAGCUUGGUAGGCGUGUGAACUUAAGAGACCAUCAACCACUAUCUUGUGAUCCUAAUCUGUCAUCGUCAUCCCUUUCUUCUUCUUGAUUUCUGGGCGCUUGGAGGGUACUGUGAAUCCAUCGUCGUGUCUGGUUCAUCCUCUCGCCUGACAUCAUCAUGAACAGCGGCAGUGAUCCAGAGAGAGACCAGGCGCUCGAGGACUACAAGCGGAGUCUGCUGGAGUUGCGGGAAUGGGAGUCGAAGCUGAAGUCCCUGCGAAUGGGCAUCAAGGAUCUGCAGAGGGAAUUCGACAUCUCCGAGGAGAACAUCAAGGCUUUGCAGAGCGUUGGCCAGAUCAUCGGUGAGGUGUUGAAGCAGCUCGACGAGGAGAGAUUUAUUGUCAAGGCCUCCUCCGGGCCUCGAUAUGUCGUCGGUUGCCGCUCCAAGGUCGACAAGGCGAAGCUGAAGCAGGGUACGCGUGUCGCCCUAGAUAUGACUACGUUGACGAUUAUGCGAAUGCUGCCCAGAGAGGUCGAUCCCUUGGUAUAUAAUAUGUCGCUGGAAGACCCGGGUCAGAUCAACUUUGCAGGCAUUGGUGGUUUGAACGACCAGAUCCGUGAGCUACGAGAGGUGAUCGAAUUGCCACUGAAGAACCCCGAACUAUUUCAACGAGUGGGCAUCAAACCACCUAAGGGUGUCUUGCUUUACGGGCCACCCGGUACGGGUAAGACGCUUCUGGCACGAGCUGUGGCAAGCUCAAUGGAGACCAACUUUUUGAAAGUUGUCUCGUCUGCUAUUGUCGAUAAGUACAUUGGUGAGUCCGCACGGUUGAUACGAGAGAUGUUCGGAUACGCCAAGGAACACGAGCCUUGCAUUAUCUUUAUGGACGAAAUCGACGCCAUCGGUGGAAGACGUUUCUCUGAGGGUACCUCUGCGGAUCGCGAAAUUCAACGGACAUUGAUGGAACUGCUCAACCAGCUGGACGGUUUCGAUUACCUGGGCAAGACCAAAAUCAUCAUGGCCACGAAUCGGCCGGACACUCUGGACCCGGCUCUCUUGCGUGCUGGUCGUCUGGAUCGGAAGAUUGAGAUCCCUCUGCCUAAUGAGGUCGGUCGUUUGGAGAUUUUGAAGAUCCAUUCUAGCACUGUCAAGAUGGAUGGAGAGAUCGAUUUCGAGAGCGUGGUGAAGAUGAGCGACGGUCUCAAUGGUGCCGAUCUUCGCAACGUUGUCACCGAGGCUGGUCUAUUUGCAAUCAAGGACUACCGCGAUGCGAUCAACCAGGAUGACUUCAACCGGGCUGUUCGGAAGGUGGCUGAAGCGAAGAAGCUGGAGGGCAAGCUUGAAUACCAGAAGUUGUAAAUGCAUCUCGAUGAAUGACCGCGUCGGGCUUAGCCGUCAUGAUGUAAAGAGCUGUUUUGCACCCACACUGGCAAUGUCCGUUACUAUUGAUGCUGGAUAAUGUAACUCUAGAUCAAUGCUCUUUUAUAAUCCCAUAUGCCCA